AUGAUUUCACAGAAGCAGCUAGUUUUAGAAGAGAAAUUGAAUGCUAAUCCCUCAAAUGUUAAAGAUAUCGAAUUGCAGAGAGAAUUGUCGAGAAAUAGAGAGUUAAUCUCUAAGUUUGAGAUUUAUAAAAAAUGCAUCUUAGAUUAUGAAAAAUGUAAAAAUUCUCUUUCUAAAGAUACUGAUAGUGAGUUGAAACAGUUAUUUGAGGAGGAAUGUUUAACUCUUUCAAAAAAAAUAGAAGAGUUAGAAAGUGGUUUUAAGUCAGAAUUAUUACCUGAUAAUAAAUAUGAUGGAAAAAAUAUUGUGAUUGAAAUGCAUGCAGCUGCGGGAGGAGAAGAAUCUGCUAUUUUUGUAGCAAAUUUAUUUGAUUCUUAUAAAAAAUAUGCUCAAGAAAAUAAAUGGAAGUUAAAUAUUGUUGAACUUAGAGAAAGUGAAAAGGGAUUUGCAUUUAUUACUUUUACAUUAUCAGGGAAUAAAGUUUAUUCCAGGAUGAAGUAUGAAUCAGGAGUACAUAGGGUUCAGAGAGUGCCGGAGACAGAGUCUAAAGGAAGAGUACAUACAUCGACCAUUACAGUUAGCGUCCUUCCAGAACCUGAUGAGAUUGAAAUUCAGUUAGAUCCAAGUGAGUUGAGAAUAGAUGUUUAUAGAGCGAGUGGAGCAGGAGGUCAACACGUAAAUAAAACAGAAUCUGCUGUUAGAAUUGUUCACUUGCCUACAAAUAUUAUGGUUGCAUGUCAGCAAGAAAGAUCUCAAAUGCUUAAUAAGGAAAUCGCCUUUAAAAUUUUGAAAGCCAAACUUUGA